UUGCUGGUGUAGACAUCCUGCGUCAGUUGCUGUUCUUCUCGGAUUUAUGCUUUCAACUAGCUCCGCCGCUGCUCGAAUACCUUCAGCUCUCCGCCUUUGCUACAUCUCUUGUCUGGUAUUAGUGUCUCAGUGUCAUAUACAGUAUUACGGCGUCUUCGUUUGUCGAAAGGAUUUCCACGGGCCGAUUUCUGCCAUACAAUUUAUAUCUCCGGCUACCCAUCCAUGAGUUUGAAGCUCUAGCCAUUUGACACCAUACUCCUCACCGAUAUUCUUCCUCCUUUUAUUUCCAAUCUUAUUUUACUUUCAGGUUUACCUAAAUACCUGGUUGACAAUGGAAGACGAAUCACAGCCUCUGCCCGAAAAUAACGAUGGCCAGGCUAUCUCGGGGCUGCAGGGAUACCAAUUCACUUUUGGCGUUUCUGCCCCUAGCUCAUCAGAUGAUAGCUUCAUUGAACCAGAUGCCGAAAGCACGUGGAUGUUCGAUUCAUCAUCAUUAACCGAUAGCGUCAUGGACUUCCCACGGCAGUUUGGCCGGACCUAUCAUGCGUAUAAAGAAGGGUCGUACGCUUUCCCAAAUGACGAAGUAGAACAAGAGCGAUUAGCUUUACAGGAUUGUGCGUUCACCAGGGCGAUGGGUGACAAGCUCUACUUUGCUCCGCUGGAUGAGCAUCCUCCCAGGCGAAUCCUCGACAUUGCUACUGGCACGGGGGACUGGGCCAUAUCAAUGGGCGAUUGCUUCCCGAAUGCUAUAGUUACAGCUACGGAUCUAUCACCAAUCCAACCCGAGGUCGUUCCGACGAAUGUGGAAUUUUAUGUGGAAGAUUCCUCCGAACCUUGGAAUUACAGCGAAACCUUUGACUACAUUCAUACCAAAACAACAGGCGGCUGUUGGGAAUCCUACGAAACACAGAUUGCACAACAAGCCUUUGAAACACUUGCCCCAGGAGGCUGGUUCGAAUCUCAAGAGUGCGACUCUGUACCUCACUGCGACGAUGGUACGCUCAAACCGGACAGUGCAUUGGCAUUAUGGUUCCAGGAGUUUCUUCACGCUGGAGAAGAGGCUAAGCGUCCCCAUUCGGAAGGUUGCAAGCUUAAAAGCAUAUAUGAGCGCGUUGGGUUUGUCGACGUCCAUGAACGGAAAUUUAAAGUUCCUCUGAACGGCUGGGCCAAGGACCAGGAUCUCAAGGAGAUUGGGAGGUUGAUGGAGAUGAAUAUGCAGAUGGGGCUGAGUGCAUUUUCGCUGGCCCCUUUCAACCGCGUCUAUGGACGGACACCUGAGGAGAUUGAGGUAUCUUUGGUUGAAGUCCGGCGAGAUGUGUCGGAUCCAUCGAUUCACGCAUACUUGCCCAUCUUUGUGGUUUGGGGGAGAAAGCCAUUUCCAGGAGAACAGUGAUGAUAAAAGAAAAAUACUCCGUGGCUAACACUGCCAUUUCUUCUCCUUUCCCCCUUCUUUUCCCGUUCUUGUUUCUCUCAUACUUCUUUUUCCUCUUUUUCUUCUCUUUCAACUCAUCUUCAACUCUCUCCCUCUUUUUCCUGCUUUCCGUUCUUUUGUUUUCCGUUCUUUCAAAAUACAUGUUAUAGGGCACUAUUAGCAACAUAGCUCGGCGUUGGGAAUAGAACCAAACUACAAGAUAA